AUGGGACAAAUCGAAUUUGAGUGCUCCGGCUGGACCACAGUCAAGACCCGCCGGGCAAAAGCCGCCGCUGGCAUACACACCUGUGAAAAGACACCCUCAAUCAUCCCCACUAGGAAUUACAUCAAUCGAUACGAUUGCGAAGCAAUUAUUUUUUCCAUCGCCGUCCGUGUGGUUUCCUCGGCACCAGUACCUCCAAGAGUUACCGGUACAGCUGAGAAAGUAUAUGGUUGGACAUCCAUCGAGUCCAGGGCCGCCAAAAGAGCCUUGAGGUCAUUGGCUCGCGCCGAACCAUGGGGUCCUACAUUAGGUGGAAUCCUGAAAUCGAACAAUGCCUCCCUCUCUUCAUCCGCCACCUCCUCACAAAUCCUCUCCAUCGCCGUUCCCGCAGUCAAAUAUAACCCACAACUAAUGGAAGAUUUCGGGGACCUAGGAUUUGAGAAUCGGGAGUACCAUUUCUCAAAGAGAUGUUGGUUGGGAAAUAGCUCUAAACAUCGAGAUCAACGAAAAAAGGAAAAUAUGAAAUCGAAAAGAAAUCGGUCUGGAAAAUUGAUGUUAAAUGAUAGUGGUCGGGAUGGUAAUAUUGAUAUAAGCGGGUUUCUGUGA